AUGGGCAGCUUCACUUUCAAGUGGGAGCAUCCCGCCGACGAGGUCUACGUGACAGGCACAUUCGACAACUGGACCAAGAGCGUUCAGCUCGAGAAGGAGGGCAAUGUGUUCUCCAAGACAGUCGACCUGAAGGAGCCCGAGGGCAAGAUUUACUACAAGGUGCGUCAGCGUCAGCGAGCCUCGACCCCCAACCCCCAACAGCACCUCCCCUUUUCCAUAUUCAAUUUGCAUUUGGCAAUGGUUUGGUAUAACACGAAUUCUGCACUCUUCGCCAGCAUUUGA